UUUUUUUAUCUCUACGGGACGACGUUUGCAAGUUUGGUCGACGGCAGUGGCAUUAGAAUCGAGGGAGCAGAGUGUGGGAGGGGUGACCCACAAACACGAUGUGCCGUAGAUGCAAAGAGUCUGAUGUGUCGAUCAAUGUAAGAGCGCAAGAAUGAUACUGCCUGCGGCAAAGUUGGGAGCAUUGUUCAUGAAGUCAUUGGGUAAGCCUCUCGCGAGCAGGUUGAAAAGUCAUGCAGCAAAACACCCUCGAUUCCGGGAAAUCAUUGUCAACAUUGCACAGUCUAACCACAGAUUUCAAGUGAACUUGCAACGACGUAUAUAUGGACACGACACCGGCGUGGCUGUGCACCCUCUUAAUCCAGAGAAGGCUGUUCAAGCAGCAUCUGAUCUCCUUGGUGAAUUUAUCAUCUUUGCGGUGGGUGGAACUAUUGUGAUUCUUGAAGUGCAGCGAAGCUCUCGUUCUGAAGCACUCAAAGAGGCCAAAAUGAGAGCCGAACUGGACGCCCUGCGGGAACGCGACAAUUGUGCGUUCUAUGAGAUUAAGCAACUGACGCUGCGGAUUGAAGAGUUGGAGAAAUCGCCUAAGAACGGAAGGGCAAUUUGGAGGCCCUCCAGUUUUGGAACUUCGAGCAAUAUCAAGGACAUAAGCAAAGAAAUCCAAACGCUGAGACAGAGGGAGGGAGUAUCUCCCCCAAACCAAACCAAUACAACUGACAAAACACCCCAAAAUUAAACACUCAGAAAAAAGCAUCUCCUCUAGAUAAUUCUGACAGUCUCUUUAACCACUUUAUAAGUUCCGUCAAAUCCUCAGAACCGUGCGUAACGAUCCCUCUAAAGGAAUGAACUAAGACGAGCAACUACCGACGUUGCAAUCAAUCGUUGACUGCCUCUUCUGGUGCAUAUUGUCUUGUUAUGCGAAAGUAUCUCAAGCAACUUCUUAUGACACAUUUACUCAGCAAGUGGACGCAACCUGAGGCACAAAAUGCCAGACUGUCACGUAGAAUGUGGGGAGCUCUCUAUUGGGUUCCACCAGUGCCGUGAGGAAUUCAAACUUUGCAAGAUGAGCCACGUUUAUAGGUCUCGUAUGGAAGUAAAGACAUGCCAGGUCUUAAAUUCAACUCUAACGUUGUUGUGUACAACAGGUACAGGAUGUAAGAAAAAGGUUAGCCAUUCAAUAUGAACAGAACCUAACAAUACGUCAACAAAUGGCUGCAAGAUACAAGAAAAUGCAUGAUGAAUCCCUCUAGCAAUUCAUUCAUACAUCAUCAAUGCAGCCUAUCUCUUCAUCUAUAUGCAGUUGCAUCGAGGGGGCUGCGCAUAUUCAGACCAAGAUGUACUGCACGCUGAAGCUGAUGAAGGAAAAUGAACACGCAAGUGAUCAAUUGAUCAAUUUCGUCACCUACUUACCUCUAGCUAAGUGAAUUAUUGCACGAAUGCACCAAGGCAAGCUCAAACACGCAGUAUGAAUCAAGGUUCUGGAUGAACAAGAAACUUUAAGAGACUUGAUCUUCAUAGGUCUUCACAUGACAGUUUCAAGACCUCCAAU